UCCUUUACACACUCCCUCUCUCUCUCUUUUUAGCAGCAACAUACAAGCCGGCCAUAUUAGAGAGAUGGAAAUAAAGCUUCCUUAAUGUUGUAUAUGUCUUUGAAGUACAUCCGUGCAUUUUUUUUUAGCAUCCAACCAUUCCUCCCUUGUAGUCCUCGCCCCCUCAAAUCACCCUCUCCCGUAGCCCACCCGACUAACAUCUCAGUCUCUGAAAAUGCACAGAGAUGCCUGGCUACCUCGCCCUGCCUUCAGCCUCACGGGGCUCAGUCUCUUUUUCUCUUUGGUGCCACCAGGACGGAGCAUGGAGGUCACAGUACCUGCCACCCUCAACGUCCUCAAUGGCUCUGACGCCCGCCUGCCCUGCACCUUCAACUCCUGCUAUACAGUGAACCACAAACAGUUCUCCCUGAACUGGACUUACCAGGAGUGCAACAACUGCUCUGAGGAGAUGUUCCUCCAGUUCCGCAUGAAGAUCAUUAACCUGAAGCUGGAGCGGUUUCAAGACCGCGUGGAGUUCUCGGGGAACCCCAGCAAGUACGACGUGUCGGUGAUGCUGAGAAACGUGCAGCCGGAGGAUGAGGGGAUUUACAACUGCUACAUCAUGAACCCCCCUGACCGCCACCGUGGCCAUGGCAAGAUCCAUCUGCAGGUCCUCAUGGAAGAGCCCCCUGAGCGGGACUCCACGGUGGCUGUGAUUGUGGGUGCCUCUGUCGGGGGCUUCCUGGCUGUGGUCAUCUUGGUGCUGAUGGUGGUCAAGUGUGUGAGGAGAAAAAAAGAGCAGAAGCUGAGCACAGAUGACCUGAAGACCGAGGAGGAGGGCAAGACGGACGGUGAAGGCAACCCGGAUGAUGGCGCCAAGUAGUGGGUGGCCGGCCCUGCAGCCUCCCGUGUCCCAUCUCCUCCCCUCUCUGCCCUGUACAGUGACCCUGCCUGCUCGCUCUUGGUGUGCUUCCCGUGACCUAGGACCCCAGGGCCCACCUGGGGCCUCCUGAACCCCUGACUUCGUAUCUCCCACCCUGCACCAAGAGUGACCCACUCUCUUCCAUCAGAGAAACCUGCCAUGCUCUGGGACGUGUGGGCCCUGGGGAGAGGAGAGAAAGGGCUCCCACCUGCCAGUCCCUGGGGGGUGGCAGGAGGCACAUGUGAGGGUCCCCAGAGAGAAGGGAGUGGGUGGGCAGGGGUAGAGGAGGGGGCCGCUGUCCACCUGCCCAGUGCUUGCCCUGGCAGUGGCUUCAGAGAGGACCUGGUGGGGAGGGAGGGCUUUCCUGUGCUGACAGAGCUCCCUCAGGAGGGCCUUGGCCUGGCACGGCUGUGCUCCUCCCCUGCUCCCAGCCCAGAGCAGCCAUCAGGCUGGAGGUGACGAAGAGUUCCUGAAACUUGGAGGGGCAUGUUAAAGGGAUGACUGUGCAUUCCAGGGCACCGAUGGAAAGCCAGGGCUGCAGGCAAAGCUGGACAUGUGCCCUGGCCCAGGAGGCCAUGUUGGGCCCUCGUUUCCAUUGCUAGUGGCCUCCUUGGGGCUCCCGUUGGCUCCUAAUCCCUUAGGACUGUGGAUGAGGCCAGACUGGAAGAGCAGCUCCAGGUAGGGGGCCAUGUUUCCCAGCGGGGACCCACCAACAGAGGCCAGUUUCAAAGUCAGCUGAGGGGCUGAGGGGUGGGGCUCCAUGGUGAAUGCAGGUUGCUGCAGGCUCUGCCUUCUCCAUGGGGUAACCACCCUCGCCUGGGCAGGGGCAGCCAAGGUUGGGAAAUGAGGAGGCCAUGCACAGGGUGGGGCAGCUUUCUUUGGGGCUUCAGUGAGAACUCUCCCAGUUGCCCUCGGUGGGGUUUCCACCUGGCUUUUGGCUACACAGAGGGAAGGGAAAGCCUGAGGCCGGCAUGAGGGGAGGCCUUGGAACCUGAGCCGCCAAUGCCAGCCCUGUCCCAUCUGCGGCCACGCUACUCGCUCCUCUCCCAAUAACUCCCUUCAUGGGGACAAAAGUGACAAUUGUAGGCCAGGCACAGUGGCUCACGCCUGUAAUCCCAGCACUUUGGGAGGCCAAGGCGGGUGGAUUACCUCCAUCUGUUUAGUAGAAAUGGGCAAAACCCCAUCUCUACUAAAAAUACAAGAAUUAGCUGGGCGUGGUGGCGUGUGCCUGUAAUCCCAGCUAUUUGGGAGGCUGAGGCAGGAGAAUCGCUUGAGCCCGGGAAGCGGAGGUUGCAGUGAACUGAGAUAGUGAUAGUGCCACUGCAAUUCAGCCUGGGUGACAUAGAGAGA